CGCCCGCGGGGCCGGCCGCCUGUCAGAGGGAGGUGGCGAUGGUGCGCCGGGUGGCGUUGGCGCUGGCGGCUGCGGCGGCUUCCCUGGUCCGAGCGCAGGGAGGAGAAGAUGACUGACCGGCCGAAUGACUGAAUGAAUGAAUGGCGGAGUCGAGCGCGCCAUGAGGAGCCUGCCGAGCCUGGGCGGCCUCGCCCUGUUGUGCUGCGCGGCCGCCGCCGCCGCCGCCGCCGCCUCAGUAACCGCGGCGGGGAAUGUCACCGGUGGCAGCGGGGCCGCGGGGCAGGUGGACGCGUCGCCGAGCCCGGGGCUGGAAGGCGAGCCCACUCACCCCUUCUCUAAGGCGACGGCUACCACGGCCCAGACCUCGAGGACCGGACCCCCGCGCGCUACCGUCCACCGACCCCUGACGGCGUCCUCUUCAGCCGGGUCCCCGGAGACCACCCCUCUUCGGGCGACGGCCGGACCCGCUCUGACCACCUCGCGGGCGCCACUCGGCCCCUCGUCGGCCGCCCCUGUGGCGGUGGAAAGCACCGCGACCACCCCUCGGGCGACGACCAGACCCGCGCCCACCACCCUCCCGGCGACCACUGGCCCGGCGCCGACUACCCCUGUGGCGACCACCGUUCCGGCGCCCACGACUCCACCGACCCCGACGCCCGUCGUCCCCCGGAGCAGCGUCCCGCCCACCCCACCUGCCACCGAGGCCCCCUCGCCGCCUCCCCCUCCCCCAGAAUAUGUAUGUAACUGCUCUGUGGUUGGAAGCCUGGAUGUGAAUCGCUGCAACCAGACCACAGGGCAGUGCGAGUGUCUGCCAGGAUAUCAGGGGCUUCACUGUGAAACCUGCAAGGAGGGCUUUUACCUGAAUCACACUUCUGGGCUCUGUCUGCCAUGUGAAUGUAGCCCACAUGGAGCCCUCAGCAUCCUCUGCAAUAGUUCUGGGAAAUGCCAGUGUAAAGUGGGUGUCACCGGCUCUGCAUGUGAUCGAUGCCAAGAUGGAUAUUAUGGCUUUAGUAGGAGUGGCUGCUUGCCCUGCCAAUGCAAUAAUCGAUCUGCCAGUUGUGAUGCCCUCACAGGUGCUUGUUUAAACUGUCUGGGAAAUAGCAAAGGGGACCACUGUGAAGAAUGCAAAGAAGGAUUUUAUCAGAGUCCCGAUGCCACUAAAGAAUGUUUUCGCUGCCCUUGUUCAGCAGUGACAUCUACAGGCAGUUGUAUCAUAAAAUUGGGUGAAUUGGAACCUAAAUGUGUCCAGUGUAAAGAGGGUUACACAGGCCAGAACUGCAAUAAAUGUGAAAAUGGCUAUUACAAUUAUGACAGCAUCUGUAUGAAGUGCCAAUGUCAUGGCCACGUGGACCCAAUUAAAACUCCAAAGAUUUGCAAGCCUGAGAGUGGAGAGUGCAUCAACUGCCUCCAUAACACCACUGGGUUUUGGUGUGAGAACUGCCUAGAAGGUUAUGUUCGAGACCUGGAAGAAAAUUGCAUCAAGAAAGAAGUUAUUGUUCCAACACCUGAAGGUUCUACCAUUUUGGUUUCCAAUGCCUCUUUGACCACAUCAGUGCCCACCCCUGUUAUAAAUAGUACAUUUACCCCCACCACCUUGCAAACUAUCUUUUCAGUAAGCUCUGCUGAAAACAGCACAUCAGCUUUAGCUGAUGUUUCAUGGACCCAAUUUAACAUCAUCAUUUUGACUGUCAUCAUCAUUGUGGUGGUGCUGCUGAUGGGAUUUGUGGGGGCUGUAUAUAUGUACCGGGAGUACCAAAACCGGAAACUCAAUGCCCCCUUUUGGACCAUCGAGCUGAAAGAAGACAAUAUCAGUUUCAGCAGCUACCAUGACAGCAUUCCCAAUGCAGACGUGUCAGGAUUGUUGGAAGAUGAUGGCAAUGAAGUGACUCCCAAUGGGCAACUGACUCUGACAACAUCCAUGCAUAAUUACAAAGCCUAAGGAGCUAGACAUGUUCUCCUGAAUUGUUAGACCACAGUGCUCACUAAGACAGCAUCAGCCCCUGGGCAUGACAGAGCCUGGGUAGAGUUUGCUGAGAAAGCAAAGGCAUAUAGUGCAUCGAAGUCUUCAGGUACAAAUUCUUAAUGCACUUAGCCUAUUACUUUUAGUUUACCAUGAAGAUUUGAAGCAGUCACUAUCAAUAAGGACUUGAAGUAAAGUAUAUUUUUGUACAAACCACAUGGGAGUAUAGAAAGGCUGAACCCAAUAGUGCAGCCCUAAUUGCUUUGACCUCCAAAUAGACUCUUGGGGAGUGUUCACUCAACCAGCGGAAACAGGAUGAUGGAUGUGGAGUGGGAGAGGACUACUGGAAGACUUCAUCUCCAUUCCUGAAACACUUUUUUUAAAAGGAGGUUCAGGGACGAUAUUCAUUUACUGUACUAAAAGACAUCAUUGAGGAAAAGCUAAUGUCUGGGCUGUAUCACAAUAAACAAUCUUGAUUGUUUCUAAAAUAGGAGCAGAAAAGUCCCAACAAGGUCUUUAGAAGGGUUUCAUUUUUCCUUUCAGAAUUCUUGCUCAAUGAUAGGAUUAAGGCACAAGAUAAGCUUCUAAUGGUACAGAGAGGAAGGCAAUAUCUGGGAGCAGGAAGCUGAUAGUCCUCCUUAAGGUCUCAGUGUAAAUGAUGAAUUAUCUAAAAAUAAGGAAUAUUCCUGCCUCUAGAGAAAUAAGGUGUAUAUAUUUGAUGUAGCAUAUCUGGUCAACAUUGUAUUUGUAUCUAUUUGUAAAAAAAUCAUGUCAUAUUUUAUCUAGAAUGUAUUUGUACAGCAGUUAAUGACAUUGUAAAAAGAAAAUAUGGGGAUUGGUUAAAAUAAUGUAAAAUAGAUGGCAAUAUUGCUAGAGCUGGGACUCUGGUGAGCAUCAUUCAUUCUUAGUCCCUCUUUGGACAUCAUUGAAAUUUAUAAAAGGUUGAAUGUUUCUAAUCUUUCUUUCCCUUUCUCAUUCUAAACAUAGAAUUAUGUGUUCUUUGACUUAUAGAUUCAAGCAAUAGAUUUUGAAGUCAGUGAUUGUUAAGCUGGAACACAGGCUGUACUCUACAAGCUACUCACCUAAUUAGACAUUAGCCACUCUCUAUAUUUUAUAUAGAUUAAUGUGGAACAUAGCCUCAUUAAAAUGCUUUUUAAUGUAAAAGGUAGUUUUUCAAAGGAAUUAUAAAUAUUUUAGUUCCAAAAGAAAAGCUAUCAUAUCACUUGGCAUCCCAUUUUCAUGCCUGUGAAAUAUUUAUAUUUCUCCUCCCCACCUCAAAAAAAAGUAUCUCCUACAUUUGAACAUAGCCUGUCACUCAUAUACCAUGAGGAAUGUACCAUCUCUCUGCAGGGCUACAGUUCUCCUAUCUUCUUGUCCAGGUGAGAGUAGCACUGUAGUUGAGUGGAUAUGGUUAGUCCUUGUUUUUAGGGGCAGUUUUUUCCAGAGGCCAUCCACUGUUGCUCUCAUCUGUUAUGAUAUAGGCAGAUUGUGGAUUAAAGUUAGAAAAUGCAGACAGAAGAUAACUGUAGAUAUUUAUUAAGCAGAACAGAAAACUGUCCAAGUGGUUAAAAAAGAGUAAAGACUGUACAAGGUGCCAUCCAGGGCCUAUGUCUAUGAAGGACUGUAUGGAAAGAACACAGGAAGAUUACUAUCUGAAGACGGUAUUGGUGAUAAGAAAAUAAAAAUACCUGUUUGUGCUUCAUUAAAGUGAAUUCUUCCAAGUGGGGAGAGAAAACCUGCGUUCCUCUGCAGUUGCCACAUAAUGUGUGUAUAGGCUGUGCACUGCACAUUGGAAGGAAUUGUGCAAAGUGGCAUACCUGCUUUCCCCCAGAUUACCACCCCCCAAAGCCAGGGAUUAAUGAUGGUGAGAAAUGAACAUUUGAUAAACAGAAGUUAACCCAAUAGAGAAAGGAGCCAGACAGUCCAGAUUCUGGCCAUGUAGAGUUCCUUGAAACAGACCUUAGAAGGUAUUGCAAAAAUUAAUCACAAAGAAUGUUUACCUUUAAAACUUAAGAACAGUCCUAGAUCAUGUUUUUAAUUUCUCCCAAUGGAAUAAAAUGAAGGACUUAAAAAAUUUUAAGUAAUAUUUCAUGUCCCCUCUUUUUUCUGGUGGAAAUAAUUUUGCUUUAAAAUUUAAGUCAAUCAUGAAGUGAUCUACCACCAAAAUCAGACUAGAAAACUAGCAUGGAAUGCAUUACACAAUAUUCAUUUCUCUAAAGGCAUGAUCCAUCCUAUGAACUAUGGCAUUCAGCACGAGGAUCCCAUCAAUCCUUUAGAAAGACUAGUACUGGAAGAAUUUUUGUCUAGAAAUUAGAAAUGUGUUUAUUUUCAAAUAAGGCUAGUUGAAUCUUACUGAUAAAUAACAGAUACUGCUAUUGAGUGAUACUUUUAUCUUCAUUAAUUCAUUUUAACAAGCACUUAAACAUUUCAGACAGUUAGAUGCUCUAAGUGUUUUUAAGUAUGUUUGUCCUCCCUUAUUCCCACCCCUCCCCUCUAUCCUCUAGCUCCCAGAGGUCUUUUAUUAAUAAUUUCUUCAGUUAUAGAGAAAAAUGAUAAUAAAAUCUAAAACUCAUUUAUACUAAGGUCCUGUGGACUUAAUGUGUUACUCUUAGGGAUACCUGAAUUUUAAGAGAGGAUCAAAGAGUAGACAUGGAAUGGGAGGAGAUUUGGAGAGAAGAGGAUUUGUAGAAGCAUCAAAUUAUAUGACUACUUUCUAGCCCAAUAUUCCCAAGGAAAUUGACCAUUAAAGCAACACUCACUGACCCCGGUUUAAUUUUGGUCAGAUGACUUGGUUAUUUUGGAGGCAGAAAAUUAUUUCCUCCUGACAACAGUACUUCCUCCUGACAGCCUCAGUUGGGAUUGGGUUAUUAGAUUAUUUACCUUGGUCCUAUAUUUUUUUGUAGGACACGUGGGGAACAUAACACCACUUGUAAUGGAUAUUCCCUGGUUCAUACAUUUUGAAGUAAUAUAGAUAGGAGUUGAAUUGACACAUCUCAAGGAAAACUCUCUGACAAAAGUUCAGAGAAGUAAAAAGCACCCAAUGUAACCUGUUAGAGUAAGGAAAGCAUUUCUGGCCUCAUCCAUGAAGAAGCUUUGGUCUGUUAUGAUCUUGAUACAGUAGUAAGGAGUUUGGGAGCUAAAAUGAGUUUGGUGUGUGCAGGGGAGUAAUAAUGGAAGAUGAAUGCAAGUUUUCUCUUUCACCCUGAGCCAGUGACUAUGCCAAGGGGAAAAGCAGGAAGAACAUGCUGAUUCAUCUGAAGAAGUCAAAUAUCAAAUGGACUACGGGUUAUGGAUCAUUAAAAUGUCAGUGGCUGAAUGAUGCUUUUUCAAAAGCAGUUGGGAAUCUGUCCUACGCGCAGUAACUGCGACAGCAGCCCUGGAAUGUGAGCCCAGGGCUCCAGAGUUAAGUUAAUGCAAAAACUAAAUGCUUUAAAGUUAAAUUUUAAUGCUAGGCACAAGCACUCUGUAAUACAUUAAAUUUCAGCCCAAGCAAUUAGAGAAUGUUUCUGAAACAUUAAAGUUGUAUUUAUGUCACUAAAAUUCUAACACAAAUUUUAAAAAUGUGUUCUCAUCCAUAUGUUGUACUAGGCUUCAUGAUGCAUUUCUAAAUUUGUGUAUGAUUUGAAUAUAUAAAAGAAUUUAUACAAGAGUGUUAUUUAAAAUUAUUAAAAAUAAAUGUAUAUAAUUUGUACCUAU